UGAUUUUUGCUCCAACUCUCACCGCAAACUCUCAACUACCACGCCAUUCAAUGGCAUCUUCCUACCUCCGCGGCUCCUUCCCUUCUACCCUUCUGUCGACUUCCCGCCGAUCCUCAAUACCGUCAACAUUCUACUUCCCCUUACUUCCUAUCCGCAACGCUCGCCGCCGGAACCGCUUACUCGCUUGCGCCGCCGACACCCUUCUAGCUGGAGCGCGAAGGGAAGACUGGAGUAGCGGCACGAAAGGCUCGGAGGCCGUGGAUCUGAAGUCUUGGCUAGUCAGAGAGGGGCUUCCCCCUUGCAAGGUUGUUCUUCAGGAGAGGCAUUUUCACGAUGGGAAACACCGCCCUAUUCAUUACGUGGCUGCCAGUGAAGAUCUUCAAGAGGGGGAUGUAGCCUUUACUGUGCCGAAUUCUUUGGUGGUCACGCUCGAGAGGGUUUUAGGAGAUGAGACUAUAGCUGAGCUUUUGACGACAAACAAGUUGUCUGAAUUGGCCUGCUUGGCGUUGUAUCUCAUGUAUGAGAAAAAACAAGGGAAGAAAUCUUUCUGGUAUCCCUUCAUCCAGGAACUUGACCGCCAAAGAGGAAGAGGCCAACUAGCAGUGGAGUCACCACUUCUGUGGUCAGAAGAUGAGCUCGCAUAUCUUGAUGGUAGCCCUACAAGGGCUGAAGUCCUUGGGAGAGAGGAAGGGAUAAAGAGAGAGUACAAUGAGCUCGACACAGUCUGGUUCAUGGCUGGUUCAUUGUUUAAGCAAUAUCCAUUUGAUAUACCGACUGAAGCCUUUUCAUUUGAGAUCUUCAAGCAGGCUUUUGUGGCAGUUCAGUCAUGCGUUGUUCACCUGCAGAAUGUCAGUUUGGCUAGAAGGUUUGCUUUGGUUCCGUUGGGGCCACCACUACUGGCUUACAAGAGCAACUGCAAGGCUAUGCUUAAAGUUGAUCAUGAUGUUGUUCAACUAGUUGUUGAUCGUCCUUAUAAGGCUGGGGAUGCAAUUGUUGUGUGGUGUGGCCCACAACCAAAUUCAAGGCUGCUCCUAAAUUAUGGUUUUGUUGAUGAAGAUAAUCCAUAUGAUCGGCUAGUAAUUGAGGCUUCCCUAAACACAGAAGAUCCCCAAUACCAAGAAAAACGAAUUGUUGCUCAGAGAAAUGGAAAGCUAGCAGUCCAAGUUUUUCAUGUGUAUGUAGGAAGAGAGAAAGAAGCUAUUGCAGAUAUGCUUCCUUAUUUGCGAUUAGGUUAUGUUUCAGAUCCAUCUGAGAUGCACUCUGUUAUAUCUUCACAAGGGCCCAUUUGUCAUGUAAGCCCUUGUAUGGAACGUGCAGUUCUGGACCAACUAGUUGGUUAUUUUCAGGCUCGUCUAUCAACUUAUCCAACAACAUUAAGUGAAGAUGAAGCCAUUGUUGCAGAUUGGCAAUUGAACCCAAAGAAGCGAGUUGCUGCUAGGCUUGUAAGUUUGGAAAAGAAAAUGUUAAAUGCUUGUACUAGAGCAACUAUUGAGUUGAUAGAGCUGUUACCAGAUCACACCGUAUCUCCCUGUCCAGCUCCGUUUGCACCUUUAUUGAAAUAGAAGGUUAGUUUCCUGUUUAUUCAACAUGGUCUUGUUACCCCAAAAGUAAGUAUCAUUGGAACUUGAGCACUUGGAGGCCAACCAACCUGCAUUAUCCAGGCAUGCAGAGCGUGACAGUAAAAAUUGCGACAAAUUAUUCCUUCCUGGACCCUGUAAGUUGGUUUCUGCAUUUAUGUUUCUAUCCAGAUUUCAGUGAAAGCUGUCUGGCGGUGAGUUUUACUCAUUUGAGUAGUUGAUAUAGGUGUGAAAAUUUUAGAAAUUGCUAUGAGCAAUGUACAUGUCCGUCAGUUUUAGUAGUGGCACUAUUUUUGUACAUUUUACUCAAAAAAAAAAAAAAAAAAUCCUUUAUGU